ACUAGAAAAGAAAGACAGAAUGGCUGACGCAGUGAGCUGUGGCGAGCACAACAGAUGGAGUCUUAAGGGCAUGACCGCUCUAGUCACCGGUGGAACCAAAGGAAUCGGGCAUGCUGUUGUGGAGGAACUGGCAGAGCUAGGGGCGUCUGUGCAUACAUGCUCUAGGAAAGAAGCUGAGCUCAAUGAACGCAUAAGUGAAUGGGAAAUCAAAGGUUUCAAAAUCACUGGUACAGUGUGUGAUGUAUCAUCUAGCGUAGCAGAACGAGAGAAGCUAAUGAAUGAAGUCUCAUCUCUGUUUAAUGGCAAACUUAACAUUCUUAUAAACAAUGUUGGGACAAAUAUAUGCAAACCGACUGAAGAGUACAAAGCCGAGGAAUUCUCAUUUAUCAUGGCUACAAAUUUUGAGUCUGCUUAUCACUUGUGCCAACUUGCGCAUCCUCUUUUGAAAUCUUCCGGGGCUGGUAGUAUUAUUUUCAUAUCUUCGGUUUGUGGGGUGGUAUCAGUUAAUGUUGGAUCCAUAUAUGCAAGUACCAAAGGAGCCAUGAAUCAGCUUGCUAAGAAUUUGGCAUGCGAGUGGGCAAAUGACAAAAUAAGGACCAAUUCUGUGGCACCUUGGUACAUCAGAACUCCCCUUACUGAACCUCAUCUGAGCAAUGAGAAAUUCUUGGAGGAAUUGAAGUGCCGAACUCCGAUGGGACGCACUGGGGAACCCAAAGAAGUGUCUUCCUUGGUAGCAUUCUUAUGCUUGCCUGCAGCCUCGUACAUAACUGGCCAGACCAUUUGUGUUGAUGGGGGAUUUACAGUCAAUGGCUUCUCCUUUCCAAUGAAGAACCUUUUGCGUUCAGAUGAGUGAUACAAGUUGUGAUUCUUAGUUAAUAACAUUAAAAUAAAAAUAAAAUCAUCUUUUGUUGUGAGUGAAUAAAUAUGUCGCAAAUCCAAACUA